AUGAAACUUUGGCUCAUAUUCCUCAUACUGAUACCACUGCAUAGAGCGGAAAGAAUCUAUUUAUUGGACACUCUAAACGCUACUUCAGAGUUGGGAUGGGCCGUUUAUUCGUCGUUGGAUAUGGAUGGAGUAAGUCAAUCCUUGGCUGAAAAACGUCUUGUAAUUUAACGGUUAUUUGAAUUCACAUCAUUUAGACAUCCUUUUAAUUACGCAUUCUAAUUCCGUUAACCAGCAUUACCGUUCAAAUUACAUAUUUCUACUGUUUUCAGUGGUUGGAAGAGACCUACCGCAGCGAGACCAAGAAUCUUAACCAUCAAGCCUUCUCCACUUGUGUUGUGGAACAAUCCAACUUUGAGAAUUGGCUUUUACUGCCUCGAAUCGAACGUCAAGAAGGCCGUCGGCUCUUCUUCGAGGUCAAAUUCACCAUGAGAAAAUGUCACGACAUCCCAAAUCAGGCGUCUAAAUCUGUUUGCAAAGAAACUUUAAAAUUAUAUGCACAUCCAGUCAACUCAGCGACCUUGUUACCAUCUCAUAAUUGGCAUAAUUCGACUGAUUGGAAGCUGGUCGAAACCUUGGCCCCCAACGAAGAUAACGGCCAGAUUUUUAUUCAAACAACCAGUUUCGCGUUUGAUGAGAGCAGUGUUUACUUUUCAAUUAAGGAUUCCGGGUCAUGCUCGUCUGUGCUAUAUGUCAAAGUAAGCUUAAAUUUUGUCUUACACCUUAUUAUAUCAUCCUUUCUCAGGUCUACUACGAAGUGUGUCCAGAGAUGAAGAACACGUUGACCAAGAUUCCCCGCACAAUUCCAGGUGCCGAUCUUCAUUCUGUGGUCUCAGUUCAAGGGGAAUGCAUUGGCAAUUCGAGUCUUGUUUCCGGUCGAAGAGAUCCGCCAAAAGCUUUGUGCAAGAUCGACGGGAACUGGCAGAUGUUGACCGAGGAAUGCCAAUGCAAUCCCGGCUUUAUAUACUCCCGCUCCGCCAACACGUGUGCCCGUAAGUCUUCCGUAAUGGAGUCUUUGACCCUUCCCGCCCUCAAAUUACCUUGUUAAUGAGAGUUGAGACUUCCCCCAAAUGGAAGAAAGGGACCUUUCCCAUUAUGGAGCGUGUUAUGGGCGCCGGAAAGGCGUCAAAUUAUAACAUAUCCGACCCCUCUAUGGCCGGAAUAAUUAGGCCCAGACAAUGUGCCGCCCCUUCUUUGACCUUGCGCAUCGCCUUCUUGUUCAUAAUAACUCGAUUUAAAAUAUUAGGAUAGGGGCCCAUUUGGCGGUCCCUCGCGGAAGAAAACAAUCGCUUUUGUCGGCGGGGCCAAGAUUCGAUUAUAUCUAAGAGGAUUAGCGAUAUGUUGAUGGAGGGGUCCUUCAGCGAAACCGUUUCGAAUUUAAUAAAAGUCAAAUUGAAAUUAAAAUUUAAUCAAAAAUUGAAAUCUUGAUGACCUUAAUGAUUAAAACGAAAAUCUAAUUUUCUCAAGUUCCCCUAUGAAUAUUAAAAUUUUUUAAUUUUAGCCUGUGGCCUGAAUAGUUUCAAGCCGUCCCAUGGACCAGGAGAAUGUCGUCCGUGUCCUCCGAAUUCCGAAGCCUCCAAGUUGGCUUCAGUUAUUUGCUCUUGUCUUCCCGGCUUCUACAGGCCCUCAGGGCAUUCCCAUCUUCAUGGAUGUUUAUCUCAACCGCUCGCGAAUCCAGAUAUUACAGUUCACGAGAGUCCCAAUGCUGAUGAUGUUCUCUUCCCGGAGCCUUCAUUCGAGCAAUUAAAAGUGGGAAAGAACCUUUUUCUGGUGUUAUGUUCAACAUUAGUUUUGUUGAGUGUAACUAUGUUUGGAUUGAUGGUUAUCUGCUACAAGAAGAGCUGUCAGAAGAGGAAACAAUUCAGUGAUUUGGAUGUUUUGGACACUUAUAAACAAGGAACUUUGACUCCAGAUUACGGACCUAACUCGAAGAGCGCCUUUUCCAAUACUUUUCAGAGAAAAUGUAAGUCAUCCUUGAUAUUGUUUACAAUCUUUUUUGCAAGUCUAAUGCCUUUUUAUUUUUAGUAAACGUCCCGUUGAUCCCCGCUUACAGCACGAGCCCCCGCUCUGGCGGAAUUGUCAAUAGAUACAAGCCCUAUGUGGAUCCCACAACAUACGAAAAUCCCCGAGAUGCUCUGGCUGAAUUUACGAAUGAAAUUCCUCCAGAAAAUGUUGAAGUGACCCGAACAAUUGGUGCCGGAGAGUUCGGGGAAGUAUGUUCUGGCCGUCUGAAGGUCGAGAAUGUCUAUGGAGGAGUUGUUCAGCAGAUUGUGGCUGUAAAAACUCUACUUCCCGGUAGUACUGACAAAGCUAAGGCCGAUUUCCUUGCCGAAGCUUCUAUUAUGGGCCAAUUUGAACAUGACAAUGUCAUCAAGUUGGUCGGGGUUGUUACCAAAUCUGAGCCAGUAAUGAUCUUGACCGAGUACAUGUUGAAUGGAUCACUAGAUAAAUUCUUGAGGGAUAAUGAUGAUGGGAAGAUUACGGUACCUCAACUCAUUGAAAUGAUGCAUGGGAUUGCUUGUGGAAUGAAAUAUCUGACUGAUAAAGGAUAUGUGCAUAGAGUGAGUGGAAGGUUAUAUUUUUAGUCAUCAUUUUUAGGACUUGGCCGCCAGAAAUGUCCUUGUCGAUGAUCGUUUGACCUGUAAAAUUGCUGACUUCGGCCUCAGUCGUGGAGUUGGCGCUUCCUCGGAACAAGAAUACACAACUCAAGGAGGGAAGAUUCCGAUUCGGUGGACAGCCCCUGAGGCGAUAUCUCAUAACAAAUACACAGCUGCGUCUGACGUCUGGAGCUUCGGCGUUGUGAUGUGGGAGGUCUGUUCUUUCGGAGAACGACCAUAUUGGGAUUGGACCAACCAUAAAGUGAUCCAAGAAGUUCAGGGGGGAUUCCGGUUGCCCAGACCCAUGGAUUGUCCUGUUUCUUUGCAUGAAGUCAUGUUGGAAUGUUGGCAACAAGAACGUCAUAAAAGACCGAGUUUUGAGCAGCUGGUUCAACGGUUGUCGGCGUUGUUGCAUCAAGCUCAGGAGGAAGUGUAAGUUAGACUUUAAACAAUUAAAACUUUAAACAGUUUUUUAAAUUUUUAACUGAAAAAUCAUCUUGAUGACAUUUCAGUUCCUACAGCAUGGUGAUUGAGAACUCCCCGUCUCUAAUGCACCCUCGCCCGUCGCCUCCAAUGACCGCUCCUCCAGUUCUAACCCUCCCAAAUUUCCUCAGGCUUCACAAUCUUGUACAUUACAUUGAAGUUUUGAAUAGGAAUGGAAUCACAACAGUAGAGCGUCUUACUGAGACUCCUUAUGGAGACCUUAUUUCAAUCGGUCUUCAUGAAGCAGAUGCCCGAAGAUUAAUCCAAUAUUCCAUCCCUCCAUGCCGCCUCAGUUGUACUACGGAUGGGGUUAAUCCCGCAGGUCCGGGAUAUCUUAUCUCCGGAGGAACUUUGAGACAAAAUCGAUCGCCUUUGCUGUCACGGUCAUCGAUAGGAACCAACCACACGACGUUAACAACCUCCAGUCAUGGCUCAGCGGGAUCUCCUCCCAAUCUGACGGUAAAUCGGAAAUCGCCGAGAGAACAGGGAUUCCUUGUGUAA